AUGGUUUCCGUUUUACUCCAAUCUUCUUGCUCUCGUCCAGUUUCCAGCUUCCGCACCGUAGAAUUUGGAACUCGUACCACCGUUGCUCCUCUCUUGUUCGCCGGUAAUCAUGUCCGAGUUACUUCUGAUGCGUUUCGAAUCAGAGAAGGAUGUUUUCUAAACUUAAAGCAUGGAACGCCUCAGAGAUUCGCCAUCUCAGCUGUUGUGGAUGAUAAAAGUGUUGUUGUACCUAAAGAGAACACAGACGCAACGGAUAACGGUCUCGAGAAGGUAGAUAUGCAGAAAAUGAUCAAAGUUUGUGAUAAGCUCAUUGAAGUUUUCAUGGUUGACAAGCCUAAACCAUCUGAUUGGAGAAGACUGUUAGCUUUUAGCAAAGAGUGGGACAAUAUUCGUCCUCAUUUCUACAAAAGGUGUCAGGAUCGAGCAGAUUCUGAGGAUAACCCCGAGAUGAAGCAUAAGGUUCAUCGGCUCGCAAGGAAGCUCAAAGAGGUUGAUGCAGAUAUUCGAAGGCACAAUGAGCUUUUGAAUGUCAUUAAGAGGACACCACCAGCUGAAAUUGGCGAACUUGUAGCCAGGCGCCGUAAGGAUUUCACAAAUGAGUUUUUCGAGCAUUUGCAUACUGUUGCAGAAUCCUACUAUGACAAUCCGGAUGAGCAAAAUGCUCUUGCAAGCCUUGGGAAGUUGUCUAUUGCGGCUGUACAAGCCUAUGACACUUCGACAGAAAGCAUUGACGCACUAAACGCUGCCGAGUUGAAGCUCCAAGACAUUAUCAACUCUCCUUCUCUCGAUGCUGCCUGCAGAAAGAUUGACAGUUUGGCUGAGAAGAAUCAACUUGAUUCUGCAUUGGUUCUUAUGAUCACAAAAGCUUGGUCCGCUGCAAAGGAAUCAAAUAUGAUGAAAGAUGAGGUGAAAGACAUAUUGUAUCAUUUGUAUGUAACAGCAAGAGGUAAUCUUCAGAGGCUUAUGCCUAAAGAGGUGAGAAUACUUAAGUAUCUUCUAAUGAUAGAGGAUCCAGAGGAACAGCUGAGUGCCCUAAAUGAUGCUUUUACCCCUGGUGAGGAGCUUGAAGGGACUGACGUAGACUACUUGUACACGACGCCGGAGCAUUUGCAGAGUUUGAUAAAGACGGUGUUGGAGGCGUAUCAUUUUAGCAGAGAAGGGAGUCUAGUGAAGGAAGCGAAGGACCUUAUGCACCCUGAGCUUAUCGCUAAAAUGGAACUACUCAAGCAGCUUGUUGAAAAGAAGUAUAUGUAA